AUGUCAUGCAACAACCUCAAAAUCCUUCUCGUUGGCAAAGGUGCCCGCGAGCACAGCUUAGCCUGGAAAUUGGCGCAAAGCCCGUCCGUGGAACAUAUAUACGUGGUCCCUGGAAAUGGAGGCACCGCAGGGAUGAAAAAGGUCACCAAUGUGACUACGGUUGUUGAAGAUGACUUUCCAAGCCUGGUGAACUUCGCCAAAGACCAUGGUGUUGGUCUCGUAGUAGCUGGACCUGAUGACGCUGUUGUAAACGGGAUAGCCGGGUACUUUGAAGACGCUACUAUACCUUGCUUUGCACCAAGCAAAAAAGCUGCCGAAGUUGAAGGCUCCAAGGCCUACUCCAAGGCAUUUAUGGAGAAAUAUGGCAUCCCGACAGCGAGCUAUAAGGCAUUUGACAGUUACGAUGAUGCAAAAGCAUACCUCGAGUCAGUUGACUGCUCACAGGUCGUGUUGAAGGUUGAUGGUCUUGCGGCUGGCAAGGGUGUCGUACUUCCAUCGGAUGAAGGUGAAGCCCAUGAAGCGCUAAGAUCAAUGAUGAUCGAGUCUAAGUUUGGGUCCUCUGGGCAAUCCGUGGUGAUUGAAGAGCUCCUCGAUGGAGACGAAAUUAGCAUUCUCACUUUUGCUGAUGGAACCGGCGCGUUUAAGUCACUCCCACCAGGCCAGGACCAUAAACGAAUUCUCGAAGGAAACAAGGGUCCCAAUACAGGUGGAAUGGGGGUUUACGCCCCUUUGGCCUUUUUGACGUCGGAUGACCUGCGAAUGAUUGAUCAAGAUAUUAUCAAGCCUACACUCGAUGGACUUCGAGCCGAAGGUCGCCCGUUUGCUGGUAUGCUCUUCACUGGGAUAAUGAUGACAAGCAAGGGUCCCAAGGUUCUGGAGUACAAUGCUCGGUUCGGAGAUCCCGAGACGCAGACUAUGAUGAUGCUUCUCGCCCCGGAAUGUGAUCUUGCGGCAGUUCUCAUGGCUUGUUCCACGAAGAAGCUUCAAAAUGUCGCAGAUAACAUUUCUGUCCGCCCGGGGUUUGCCUGCAAUGUUGUGGUCGCUGCGGGUGGCUAUCCUGAAUCAUACCGAAAAGGCGAUGUUAUCUCUCUCGGAGAGUGUCCUCCUGGGGUCGAAAUAUUUCAUGCAGGAACUGAGAGGACCCCGAAUGGUGAGCUUGUUACAUCCGGCGGCCGAGUACUGAGCGUCGCGGCGCAUGCUCCGACCCUGGAGAAGGCGGUCUCUCUCGCCUACGAGGGCGUAGAACAUGUCCAAUUCAAGGAUAAGACAUAUAGAAAAGACAUUGCUGCCCGGUAA